UGUGUGUAAUUUGCGGUGAAUAGUUCGAUUACGCGCGGUUUUAGUGGUUGCUAGUGGUUUAGAGUCAGAUCAUUACUGUUUUCUGUUUGGCUGCUGAGAAAACGAUGAGAAAAUGUGGAUGAAGUGAUGAGAAGUUGAAGUGUUUGUUGUUUUGGCUGGCUGAUGUGGAAGUUUUGCUGUUUACUUAUUUUAUUCCUGAUUUGCAUGGUGAAAGAGAGUUUAAUUUUCAGACAAAAAGAAAAACCAUACUUCCCUGGCAUAAUGGAUGCAAAUAACAAUCUACCUGUCAGCUGUUCAUGCUUCCAGUUACUUAAGCCAAGUUUUGAUGAGGUCAAUCAUCACUGUUCUCUGGAUGUUUUGCCUAUUGUAAUUGAGGAAGCUUCAUUUCCAGUAAGGGAAAAGUGUCCCUUUCACAGUUCACAUGUUCAAGAUGUGUAUGGCAUUUCAGUGUUGCCUGAGGAAGACGUCACCAGUCCAGAAUGUACAUCACAGUUAGCUUUUUUGAGCUUUGUUGAAGUUCCUUUUCCAUCUAAAAAUCAGAUGUGCCUGGAUGACCAACUGGAUUUUCAAAACUGCAUCAAUCUACCGAUGAAAAGUACCGAUGCUUAUCAAUCUUGUAUUGUGGACAUUAACAUUGAUAAGGAAAAUUUGGAACCACUUAAAUCCAAUGAUGAAAUUGUCGGCAGUAUAAAAAGUGAGGGCACGAUAAAUCAUAUGCAAAAGGUGUUGCAGAGGCAAGCAAGCUUAAAUAUAGAUAAAUCACCGACCGAGAGGAUUCAUGAUGCACCAAUUAAUAGAUGGAGAAGAUAUAGACGUGCUGCCUCAUUCGACUCAAGAAAAGUUGUCCUCCUAUUCUCUAUAUUGUCAAGCUUGGGGACCUUAAUAUUGAUAUAUCUGACCCUGAGGGUUCGACUGAACAGCGAUGGUUUUAGCCAGGUCUAAUUUCUAUGACAUUUCCGACUUAUAUCUCAUGCUUGAACCACUUUGAAAGUUUGCUCAGGAAUCACUUGUUUCAGUUCCCUUUUCUGGGUUUGGCAAUGUUUAUAUCUUUUAGGCUUCCGGCCUUUGUACAUAACUAGGAUGAUUGAGGUUUGGUAUGCAAUUUAAUGCUUUGAUUAUUAAA